AUGAAUAUUAUUAAUGCCUCUAUUUAUGUUGAUUAUUCUAUUAAUCUACUUCAUGUACUAAGUCAUAUCCCUUCUAGAAUUGUCCCAGUCAAAAUAAAAAAUGUACAAGUUAAGGAUAUUUGUUUGGAAGCUUCAAGAGGAUUAGUAUCUUUACUCUCAUACCCAUCUAAUAUAACUUAUAUUGGAAUUUGUGUUUCAUCAAACGCUAUUGCUAUUAGAGAUCCUAUUCGUUUACUAUAUGCAGAAGGUUCAAGUGUAUUAAAUCAAUUUGAUAUGUUACUCACUACAUUUCAAAAAUUACCAAAAACACCAACUGGUAAUAUUGUUCUUUCCUCGUUAAGAAUUCAUUACAUUAAUUACAUUGAAUUAUUCCUCAAAAAUAAUAAUGGGAUAUUUUGUAUAGAAUUGGAUGGGUCAAUCACACACUCCAUCCCUCAAUGUCCAAUUGUUUAUUGUGGAACUUUUAAUCCAUUUCAUAAAGCACACAAAAAGAUUAUUGAAUAUAUGUCAAUGAGAUUUACUCAUCGACCUAUUAUUUUAGAUAUCUCACAGAGAAGUGAAGACAAGUCAGUUACCUCUUUGACUAAUACAUUUAUUAGGGCUUCACAAGUUGCUGGUAUUUACAAGGUAAAUAUUUCAAAUACUUCACUUUAUAUUGACAAGUGCAAGAAUUAUCCUGGGGGUACAUUUGUUGUUGGAUUAGAUACUGCAGUCAGAAUUCUAAAUAAGAGGUACUAUCAAAAUAGUGAAAUCAAUUUAAAAAAGGCAAUGCACACUAUUGCAGAUAUGGGUUGUAAUUUUAUUGUUGUUGGAAGAAAAGAUGACACUACAAAUAAAUUCUUAGAAUUUGAUUUUGUUAAGUCAACACUUCCUGCAAAGGAAUAUCAUUAUCUCUUUAUCUCUCUUAAUGAAAAAGAAUUUAGAUAUGACCUAUCAUCAACUUAUCUCAGAGCCAGAGGGACUGUUUUAAAUAAAAACAUAUUACCAAAACUUUAA